UUUUUUUUUUUUUUCUUUUUUAAAUUUAUUUCACUAUGUUUUUUUGUUUUACUUUUGGUAUUGAUCGUUUCAAACGCAAGUCAAGUCACUCUGUUUGGCACUGUCCAAAUUGUCAAGCAAACGAUGUUUAUUUGAUAAAGAGCAAUGAAUGCUUUACAUUCUGUUUUGUGCCUUUAAUACCCUGCGGAAGUACAAAGAAACUAUACGAAUGUCAAACUUGUGGUUGGAUUAAUGUUCAACAACCAAACCAUUAAGUCAAUUUGUUUUUAUAUAUAUAUCUGUUUAAUCUUAAUAAAUGCUUACUGCCUACGUAAGGCGAUAUCU